GGAAGCGCAGGGUCCCCCCCCCCAACCAUAAUGGGGUCCAGAGAAGGGGGGGGAGGGGAGGGGCGCGAUGAUGACGUCGAUGAUGACGUCACCUUGGCGCAGGUUUUGGCCUUUCUGCUGAGGAGAGGUCACCGGGACCCCCAGGAGGAGGAAGAGGAGGAGGAGGAGGAAGCAGCAGCCCCUCCCCCCGUCCCCCUGGAGGCACCCCAGCUGCGUUCUGAGCUCCUAUUGGCUGCCGGCAGAGGGGGGGCGGGGCCAAAACCCAUUGAGGAAAAUCUGCCCAGGGCGAUCCGCCAGGUGGGGGAGGG